AUGACCGAGGGUCAGUUUGUGUUUGUCAUUACGCACACCAAGGCCUGCAUCGAUAAGUGUAGUGCGCCAUUAACUUGCCCUCUCUCCCCCCCCUCCUUUGUCUUCCAGCUGGCACAGUCGGUGAUUCUGAAGGAGAUGCAAAAACUGCAUCAGACGCAGGCAGCCAACUCCUCCAGCCUGUUUGCCAUCUCUGUCGCCGAA